AUGCAGCAAAACGACGAGUUGUCCCCUGGAUACGACUAUGAGCCACCAGGCGUAGAUAGAAGAGCCCUCCCAAAUUCACUUCAGCUCCACAACGGCGAACAAUAUACCGUUCGCGGAUUGUUUGGCUCAGGCGGUUUCGGAGACGUAUACCGCGUCAGAGAUGGAAACGGUCGCCAGUAUGCUGCGAAAAUGUUUUCACGAAGAACUUACAAUUAUUCAAGCGAUAGGGAACGGCAGGCAUUCCAGAGAAUCGCCCAAAAUCCACACACCAACCUGUUAUUGUUGCACUUGGCUGGACAGUUGAUAAACCCACCGCCAGGAAUUCCUUACAACGAGAAGUCUGACGUGUGGUCCAUGGGAUGCCUGAUGGGCGAAAUGUGCAUCGGAAAACCGAUAUUUAUUUCCAAAAUUGGCAUCACUGAGACACAGAAACAACAAUCGCAAUUCGAGUUCAUGGUUUCCAGAAUGAAUGCAACUAUUCCAAGCGAAAUGAUAACAAAGUCUAGGCAAGGAAGAAGAUGUAAACUCAAUCUGAGCUUCCUCGAGAACCGUAAAGAAAACAACCAGGAUUCAUUAAUGAAUUUGCUGCGUGAAUACACGGAUCUUCCAAUGUUCGAAUUUCUAAAAUUCAUGCUCAUUUUCGAUCCUACCGAACGACCAUCCUUCGAGGAAGUCAUCAAACAAAAGUUUCUCACCAACUUCUAA